AUGGCUACCGGCACGACCACCGCCGCCCCUAAUAAUGCAACACUUCCGGGAGAAGUUUCUUCUGUGAUCCCAGACUCGGCAGAGAACAAGCCUGCUGAAGAGACCAGUCCGUCUACCGACACCACCGGCCCCGUGCCCGUCGAGACACCCCAGGGAAAUAAGCAGAAUGAGAGCACCGAGGUUCCAGUUGAGAAGGCUACAACUCCCAUCGAGCAACUCUGGACUUUUGCCCAAGCUCACGGGCAUCCGGAAAUCUGGGGGGUCACCCUAGCCGAUCCCGCAGGCCACGUUCCCACCCAGAUCGUGCUGCAGAAAUAUCUCAAUGCCAAUGACGCCGAUCUCGCCAAAGCCAAGGAGCAACUGGGCAAAACGCUCGACUGGCGAGCCAAGAUCAAGCCGCUGGACCUGCUGGGAAAGAAGUUCAACCGCAACAAAUUCCAGGGCCUGGGCUAUGUGACGGUCUAUGGAGCCCUUGAUGCGCCGGACCCGGAAGCCAAAGAAGUCAUCACCUGGAACAUUUACGGCAGUGUGAAGCAUGUGGAAGAGACGUUUGGCAACGUGGAUGAGUUCAUUGAAUGGAGAGUCGCCCUCAUGGAGGAGGCUCUUCAUUCACUCGACAUCUCCAAGGCCACCAAGCCCAUCACUGCGGAGCACGAUCCGUACAAGAUCAUCCAAGUGCACGACUACAAGUCGAUCAGCUUCUUGCGUCAAUCUCCCGUGGUCAAGGCCGCCAGCACCAAGACCAUCGAGAUCUUUGCCCAGAACUAUCCCGAGCUUCUGAAGGAGAAGUUCUUUGUCAAUGUGCCCGCCUUCAUGGGCUUCGUUUAUGCCUUGAUGAAGUUGUUCGUCGCUCCCAAGACUCUCAAGAAGUUCCAUCCCAUGAGCAAUGGCGCCAAUCUCUCCAAAGAAUUCACCACCGGCACCGUCACGGGACUCGCCGACCUGAUCCCAAAGGAGUAUGGUGGGAAGGGCAGCGAUCUCAACAGCGUAGGAAAGCAGCCUUUUCUGGAGGAUGAACAGAAAGCCUGA